UUUUUGUUUUUUUUUUUUUUGUUUUUUGUUUUUGUGGUAGUUGGAUACUUGAGUUUGAACCUUGUGAAUUACUUGCAGCUUUAGAAGCUUAAGAAGAGAAACACAUAUUUUUUUGUCAAUUGCUUGGUAUAUGAAUCCACCAACUCGGAACACAAGUUCAUCAACACCAAGUCCCAUAUAUAUAAAAAGACACAAUGAAAUUUUAUUGAUUUCCAAUACAUAUCAAUUGGUCUAAAGCUCUUUGUCAUAUUGUUGCUCUAUUUCAUAAUUUUUUUUAAUAAGUGAAUGAAGAAGGGUCCUCUAAUAGUUUGAGAGUUCAUUUUUUAACUUUCUUGAAUUAUAAAUUAUAACUAAAUACCUGCUAGAAUUUUUUUUAUCCUAUAUUAGAAAUUUUAGUGAAAAUCCUUUUAUUUAUUUUUUUCAAAAUCAUAUGUUGUAGGGACGAUGGAUUUUGAUACUACAAAUGAGAAACCAAUUUCACCUUCUAAUAACGAUGAAAGUAAUUGCAUGCAUGACAGUAAGGAUGAUGAUAUCCACUAUCAUGGUAUUAAUGAUAUAGGUGAUUCGGUUAAUUUCAAUUUUGAUAAUAUCAAUGAGGAUGCGGUCAGACAACUAGUAUUCGAAAGUCUUGAUGAUGCAGAGAAAUUCUACACAACGUAUGCCGGUGUAGUUGGUUUUGGCAUUAGGAAACAAGGUGUAAAACGCAAAACCGCUGAUGAUAUCAUAAAGUACAGGGAAUGGGUGUGCACAUGCGAGGGAUUCCGCAGACGACCGAAAGACGACUAUACUAGAAAGCGAGAGGCAAAAGUGGUGACCAGGUGUGGUUGUAUAGCAUGCUUUCGUGUUGCACAUGACCGUUUUUCAGGGCAUUAUUCAGUGACAAAGUUUGAGCCUCGACAUAAUCACGAUUUACGAGGUUACAAGAAGAGGUACAUAAUCUACUAGUUUAUUUUAGUCGCAACGUUUAUUGUUAGUUGCAUCAAUUUUUUAAAAUUCAUAAUUUGAUUCUACUAAUAGGUACAUUUCAAUGUCCGACAAGUGUAUGCUGAAUUUAAUUACAGAUGCCGGGUUUAGGCCGUGCCAAGCUAUGGAUUUGUUGGAGCAACUUGUUGGGGGUGUUGGAAAAAUGUCUUUCACAAGAAAAGAUGGUUACAAUUGGUUGAACAAUAUGCGGUUAAAAAGAAUUGAAGGUGGUGAUGUGAACACGUCAUUAGCUUUAUUUGAAAGCAUGAAAAUAAAAGAUAGCAAUUUUUUUUACAAAUACACAGUGAAUGAUCAAGGGGCACUUUCAAAACUUUUUUGGUGCGAUGGAGCUUCCAGGGCUGAGUAUGAAUUAUUUGGUGAUGUCUUAAUAUUCGAUAGUACGUAUAAGACAAACAAGUAUUUUUAUCCUCUAGUUAUUUUUUCUGGUACCAGCAAUCACGGUUCGACGUUUAUUUUUGGUGCAUCUUUUAUGUACAACGAGACAAUUGAAUCAUAUCGAUGGUUGUUGCAAGCUUUUCUUGAGGCAAUGAAUGGCAAAGUUCCGGGUUCUGUGUUAACAGAUCAGGACUCAUCUAUGGUAGCAGCAAUUUCAUCAGAAUUUCCUGGAGCGAAACAUAGGCUUUGUAGUUGGCAUCUUGGGAGAAAUGUCCGACAAAAUAUAAAAGUGGCAGAUUUUUGUUCUGAUUUUAUGAGAUUAUUGAAGGAACCGUGCUCCAUUGACGAGUUUGAGAUAAGUUGGCUUAACAUGGUUGAGAUGUAUGAGGUUGCAGAAAAGCAAUGGGUUAUUGACAUGUACAAUAAAAAAAAGAUGUGGGCAGAGGCAUAUUUUCGUGGACAUUUUAUGGCCAUGGCAUGUACAACUCAGAGGGCUGAAUCUAUGAACUCACUGGUCAAACUUGCGGUCACUCAAAGAAUGAGUUUUGCCGAGUUUGUAAAUCAAUUUCAACGCAAGAUACAAGGGUUAAGAAGUUCUUUCCUUAGUCAGCAAGACAAUUUAGAGAAAUUCAAGCCUGCUGUCAGAGUGAGUCCUUUGCAAGGGCUUGAGAAACAUGCUGCUAGUAUAUGCACGAAACAAAUUUUCUUAAUGAUACGUGAGGAGAUUGAAGCAGAGCAAGGUCUUUUGGUGGAAAGUCAUAUUAAGAUAAGUGAAGAACAUUGUAAAUUUGUAUUUAAAAAUUACAAUAAACCUGAUGAUGCACGGUAUUAUGUAACUGUUGACAAGUUUAACGGUAACUUCGCGUGCAGUUGCCUGAAGCUUGAGUCUGAGGGCGUGCCCUGCCGACAUAUCAUAUCGUCCUUCAAGUUUAUGCGUAUGACGGAGUUUCCAGAAAAAAGUAUACAUCCUCGUUGGCUUCUUGAUGCGGGUAAAAUACUGAAAAGUAAGUUUUAUGAAGCUACCCCAGUAGUUGGUCGUCAACAAACACGUUUUGCGCAUUUAAAUAAGGAGUUCCUUAAAUUGUCUUACCUAUCGUCUCACACGGAGUCCAAAUUUGUUGACUGCCUCACGCAAGUAAGAAAAUUUUCCAAUGAGGCAGCCGAAGAAUUCUCAAAGCACGACGUCAGUACUGAUAACAUAUCUUUUGAAAAUGUUGACGAUCCCCCAGUAUGUGCAAAAUCUAGCAAUGUCAAUGAUCCUAAAAGAAUAAAGACGAGAGGGGCAAGUCGUGCAAAGCAACAAAAAUGUAGUUUUUGCGGGGAGCUUGGGCAUAAAGCUAGCACAUGUAUUUCUAAUCCCGGCACUGCCUCUCGACGUACUAAUGCUCAUGCCAAGAAGUCCGGCCCUAAAAAAAGUAGUGGUAAACAACAAGAUUGUUCUCAAAAUUCAGUAGAAACAUCUGGUAGUUUUAUAUUUUGAUGAAUUUUUUUUCAUUUUUUGAAUAGCUAUUGAAAUUUUGAUUUUCCUUUUAUCAAAUGAAAUUUAUACGAUUUAUUUCCAGCUACUUUAUUGAUUUUUGUUGCAUGUUUUUUUAGAUCACAGCUUAUGUCUAUUUAUGGGCAAAUUUUUGUUUCAAUUUAAA